CAAGGUCACGUCCUGCUCCCCGCCUUUCGUCCCCUUCCCCCCACGCAACACACAUCAAAGACGCAAUUUGAGAAAAUUCUACCGCAAAAUGGUUUCUUAAAGUCUGUGUUUUGUGACUUGGAGUUUAUGUGAAACUUCUGCAGUGUUAGCCAGACGGCCCUUCGCGGGCGGGCCUAGAGUGGGCCUACAAACCCCAGGGGGCUCCGCGCGCGUGCGCCGAGCGGACUGCAACUCCCAUGAGGUAGCGCGCCCGGAGGGGGCUGUCCGUGGUGGUGCCCGCAGGACCCCGCGGCGGGCCCGGGAUGCCCGGCGCGGCGCCCGAAGGACCCCGGCGGCUACCCAUGCCGAGGUGAGUCCGCGGGAGCCGCCGCCGCUGCCGUCCCGUCCUCGCCGCCGCUCCGCGCGGCCCCGCCGCCGGCCAGGAUGCUGGAGGAAGCGGGCGAGGUGCUGGAGAACAUGCUCAAGGCGUCGUGCCUGCCGCUCGGCUUCAUCGUCUUCUUGCCCGCCGUGCUGCUGCUGGUGGCGCCGCCGCUGCCCGCGGCCGACGCGGCGCACGAGUUCACGGUGUACCGCAUGCAGCAGUACGACCUGCAGGGCCAGCCCUACGGCACGCGGAACGCAGUGCUGAACACGGAGGCGCGCACGAUGGACGCGGACGUGCUGAGCCGCCGCUGCGUCCUCAUGCGGCUGCUGGACUUCUCCUAUGAGCAGUACCAGAAGGCGCUGCGGCAGUCAGCGGGUGCUGUGGUCAUCAUCCUGCCGCGGGCCGUGGCGGCCGUGCCCCAGGACGUCGUCCGGCAAUUCAUGGAGAUCGAGCCCGAGAUGCUGGCCAUGGAGACCGUCGUCCCCGUGUACUUUGCCGUGGAGGACGAGGCCCUGCUCUCCAUCUACGAGCAAACCCAGGCCGCCUCUGCCUCCCAGGGCUCCGCCUCUGCCGCUGAAGUGCUGCUGCACACGGCCACUGCCAACGGCUUCCAGAUGGUCACCAGUGGGGUCCAGAGCAAGGCCGUGAGCGACUGGCUGAUCACCAGCGUGGAGGGGCGGCUGACGGGGCUGGGCGGAGAGGACCUUCCCACCAUCGUCAUCGUCGCCCACUACGACGCCUUCGGAGUGGCCCCGUGGCUGUCGCUGGGCGCGGACUCCAACGGGAGCGGCAUCUCUGUGCUGCUGGAGCUGGCGCGCCUCUUCUCCAGGCUCUACACCUACAAGCGCACCCACGCGGCGUACAACCUCCUGUUCUUUGCGUCUGGAGGGGGCAAGUUCAACUACCAGGGGACCAAGCGCUGGCUGGAAGACAACCUGGACCACACAGACUCCAGCCUGCUCCAGGACAACGUGGCCUUCGUCCUGUGCCUGGACACCGUGGGCCGCGGGAACAGCCUGCACCUGCACGUGUCCAAGCCGCCGCGCGAGGGCACCCUGCAGCACGCCUUCCUGCGGGAGCUCGAGACGGUGGCCGCGCACCAGUUCCCCGAGGUGCGCUUCUCCAUGGUGCACAAGAAGAUCAACCUGGCGGAGGACGUGCUGGCCUGGGAGCACGAGCGUUUCGCCAUCCGCCGGCUGCCCGCCUUCACCCUGUCCCACCUGCAGAGCCACCGCGACGGCCAGCGCAGCAGCAUCAUGGAUGUGCGGUCCCGGGUGGAUUCUAAAACCCUGACCCGCAACACGAGGAUCGUCGCGGAGGCCCUGACGCGCGUCAUCUACAACCUGACAGAGAAGGGGACCCCCCCGGACAUGCCGGUGUUCACGGAGCAGAUGCAGAUCCAGCAGGAGCAGCUGGACUCGGUCAUGGACUGGCUGACCAACCAGCCCCGGGCGGCCCAGCUGGUGGACAAAGACAGCACGUUCCUGAGCACGCUCGAGCACUACCUGAGCCGCUACCUGAAGGACGUGCGGCAGCACCACGUGAAGGCGGACAAGCGGGACCCGGAGUUCGUCUUCUAUGACCAGCUGAAGCAGGUGAUGAACGCGUACAGGGUCAAACCGGCCAUCUUCGACCUGCUCCUGGCUGUGUGCAUCGGCGCCUACCUCGGGGUGGCCUACACGGCCGUGCAGCACUUCAGCCUCCUCUACAAGACAGUUCAGAGGCUGCUCGUCAAGGCCAAGACUCAGUGACGCCCCCGCAGC